AUGGAUAGGAUUAGCAAUCUACCAAAUGAGAUCAUUUGUCACAUUGUAUCUUUCCUUUCGGCAAAGGAAGCUGCUUUCGCAUCGAUUCUGUCAAAGAGGUGGCGGAAUCUCUUUACCAUUGUAAUAAAACUUCAGUUUGAUGACUCAGUCAAGAAUGAAGGGAGUUUGAAGGAUUUUGUCGAUGGAGUAUUGGCUCUGCCUACCAGUUCUCGUGUAAGGAGUUGCUCUCUAGAAUGUCGAAGAGAGUUUGAUCCGACUCAUUAUGAUGAUUUCAAUCGUUGUAUAUGUGCUUUGCUGAAGCGUGGUAUCUUGGAUCUUAAACUAGACAUAUGUGCUGGGAGACGAUAUUCACUACCACUUGAGGUUUUCACUUGCAAAACACUCGUUAAGCUGGAACUUGGGAGUGAUUUUGGUGGCUUUGUUGUUGAUCUUGUCCCUGAGGAUGCUUUUCUACCAGCGCUUGAGACCCUCCUUCUUAACUAUAUUCGGUUUAAAGAUCUCCGCCGUUGUGCGUUUGAAAAGCUUCUUUCUGCUUGCCUUGUGCUCAAGGAACUAGUCAUACAUAAUAUGGAGUGGGAACGUUGGAAAUGGUCUGGCAACAUAUCCAGUCCAACCCUUGAAAGACUUACUAUUAGUCAUGUAGAUCUCUAUGAGUGUGAGUUUACGAGAAUAAAUUUAGAUACUCCGAAUCUUACCUAUUUAGAGUUGUCUGAUGCUGUACCGGAUGACUAUCCAAUUGUUAAUCUUGACUCCCUUGUUGAAGUUAAGCUCGAUCUUACGUUGAUGGUAGAUCACAAGUACCAUGGAUAUGUAGAUGACAACGACACGAUUUCUAGCAAUCCAACAAAUCUGAUUAAUGGGUUAAGAAAUGUUGAAAUCAUGAACUUGCAAUCUCCUAAUACUUUUCAGGCAUUUUCUUACUUCCAUGAAGCAAUACCGGUGUUUAAAAACCUUUAUCAUUUAACUAUCACAAAUAAUGAUACUGUAAUUGGGUUCUGUUGGGAAUUUCUACCAUUUGUGAUAAAGAAGUGUCCAAAUCUAAAGACUCUUGUCAUCGAUGGUCCAUUGCACUACAAUGAAGACCGACCCAAAUCUGUUUGCCACUGUUUGUCGGGAUAUUCUUUCUUAUUGUCAUGUCCUUUAGAGGUCUUACAGAUAACCGACUAUAGUGGAACUCCUGGAGAGGUGGAGCAAUUGAAGCAUUUUCUAGAGAAACUGUCCGGUCUCAAGUUGGUGAAACUUCAUUCUCUUACAAGAUUUGGUAGCGACAAGAAAAAGUUAUUAAUGCUUCCCAGAGCUUCCUCUAAGUGCAAGAUCAAGCAUUAUGAUUCUCUAGAGAAUGCUCUUCUUCCAUCGCUCAAGACUCUCAUUCUUGAUUCAGUUAAGUUCUAUGAUCGUUGUGGUUGUUGUGCAUUCCAAAAGCUUCUUUCUGCUUGCCCUGUGCUUGUGGAAUCAGUGAUGCGUAAUCUGGAAUGGGAAGAUUGGGAAUGGUCUGGCUGUGCGUCCAGUCAAACCCUUGAGAGACUUACUAUUGACCAUAGAUAUUGGGCUGAACAUAACUUGGAGAGCUUUACUUUUGAUACUCCGAGUCUUACCUACUUAGACUACAAUGCUCAUGUUCCGGGAUCGUAUCCAACUGUUAAUCUUGACUCCCUUGUCGAGGCUAAGCUCAAUCUUGGUUUUACAACUGAUCUUGUAGAAGAUGAUGACGAUCCCUUUACCAGCGAUCCAACCAAUCUAAUCAAAGGGUUAAGAAAUGUUGAGAUCUUGAGACUAUGGAUGUAA